ACCACACAUAUUUUUGUGUAUAGUAGCAAAAGAUGUCAGCCUCCUGCAGGACUAAAAUGGGAAUGGCUCGGUCAGGAAUUCUUCGUUUUUGCCUCCUCCUGACAUGUUCUCAACUUUUAUUUACACAAGCAGAUACUGAAAAUGAUGAAAAGUGGCAGCCUUAUCUAUCACUCAUAGAAGAGGCCACUUCAAGCUACGAAGCCUGUGUAACAGAUGACUGCUCCUGUCACGCAGGGGUGAUGGAUGAAGACUUGUCGGUAUGGGAGGAGAGAGGAGGUAUCACCAGAGCGGAUGUGGUGAAAGCAGAGAGUCGAGGUACCCUCUAUCAGGUCAUCAACCAUAGGCUCUACAGGGAAGAGAAAUGCAUGUUUCCUGCUAGAUGCAAUGGAGUUGAACAUUUCAUUUUACGCAUCAUCAAGAAACUGCCAGACAUGGAGUUUGUGAUGAAUGUUAGGGACUGGCCACAGAGUGGGAAGUAUACUGAUCCAAUACCCGUCCUUUCUUUUAGUAAGGUACAAAGCCAGCAUUAUGAUAUAAUGUACCCAGCCUGGACUUUCUGGGAAGGUGGUCCAGCAGUAUGGCCGUUGUUUCCUACAGGCCUCGGACGAUGGGAUCUCUUCAGAGAGUCUAUUGACAAGGAAUCACAGAAAUUACCUUGGGACACAAAAGAAGAUAAAGCAUUCUUCAGGGGAUCAAGAACGACUGCUGAGAGAGACCCGCUUGUUCUCUUGUCGAGAGAUGAUCCAGACUUGGUUGAUGCAAGCUACACCAAGAAUCAAGCCUGGAAAUCUGAUGCAGAUACACUACAUAUGCCUCCUGCAAAAGAAAUGACAUUAGAAGAUCACUGCAAAUACAGAUACCUGUUUAAUUUCCGUGGAGUUGCUGCCAGUUUUCGUUUGAAGCACCUGUUUCUCUGCCGUUCCCUUGUCUUUCAUGUUGGUGAUGAGUGGCUGGAAUUCUUCUACCCAGCACUCAAGCCAUGGGUUCAUUACAUCCCUGUUAAGCAAGAUCUUUCUGAUGCAAGAGAACUGAUAGAGUUUGCCAAGGCCAACCAAGAGGUAGCUCAGCAGGUCGCAGACAGGGGUCGUGACUUUAUCUGGAAUCACCUUCGUAUGGACGAUGUGCAGUGCUACUGGAAGGAUCUGCUGAAGAGGUACGCUAAGCUGCAGAAAUACAAGCCUAAACACAGGAAGGAUCUACAGGAGAUCAAACCUAAGAAGGACGAAUUAUAAGAUGAUCAUGGCAUCCAUUAGUGAGAGGUGUUACAGAUUCACCUGGCUGACUUGGCGCUAAUUCACACAUAAUGCCGUAAACCGUGUAAAAAAAAAAAAAACAGAAGAACCUACCACAGCAAAAAAACACAAUUUAUUUACUUGUGUGUAAAUGUUGGUAGAUGGAGAUGAAAAAAUGUAGCUGAAUGCAACAAGGCUCCUACUUUUAUUUGUAAUAUAAGAUACAUAGAAAUGUGAAACACAUUACACUUAAAUUAUGUCACCUUAUUUAAUCUGCUGCAUUUUUUCCUUCUUUUUAGACGGUUUACUGUGUCAUACGUGAAUGAGGCUUGUACCGUAUGGUGUCGAGUAGCUAUUACUUGACUCUAAUUUAACUACUAUAACCAUUGAUAUUCGGAAUACCUCCAUUGCCAACUUCCUUUGCUUUCAUUUUGUCUAUUUGUAUCUGUAUUUUUCACAUUUUUACUGUAGAAAAUGGAAAUGAUUUUGUACUGGGUUUAGGAGAUUAAUAGUAGAAUGGUUUCCUUCGUUGAUAGAUGAAUGAACGUUUCAUUGCUCACAAGCGUUUAUAUUGUGAGACAUGAAUUAAAAAUAAUCAGUAAUUAUUUUUAGUACUUAAAUAGAAAACUGUUUAUAAUUCAUUUAUUUCAUUGGCUUAGAAAUUAACAAAUUUAAGCAUGGUAGUACCUUUUCUUAUCUUAUAUCAUAAUCCAACUAUUGUAUUAAAACAAAAUUGUAUUCAUUGUGCCUUAAAUUCAAUGUCAUAAGCUGUGGUGAUAUAUUCAAAAUAGGAAUGCUUGUCAAAACUGCAAUAUAACUGCCUAUGUAACUCAUGUAUCCAGUUGAUUUCAUGGCAUUGAUAGAUUAGGUGGACUAUUGCUCAUAGUGACAAUUCUUGUAGUAUGCACAAUAUGAAUCCUUAUUUAGAAUGUCUAAUCUUACCAUACACUAAGAUUGACCAUUGACAAAAUGUUUGUUGAAUUGAUCAUGAAAUGACCUAUCCUGUUCUCAUUUUGUGUGUGGUCAAUUUAGGUCAUACAGGUUAUUCAUGCCACAGGGUACAUGUAGAAUGCCGACUAUAGUUUGCAAGUCUUCCAUUUUUAUUUCAUGUUGAUUUCUUUUGUAUCUCACAUUGGAUAUACAUGUACUGUAUAUGUACAUUAUUAGUAUUUUGGGAGAAUGAUGAUAAACAAAGUCAUUCAGGUCUAAAUUUUAUUUAAAUGUAAUAUGUUAACAAGAUGAAAACAUAUUCUGCCUAUUUUGAGGACAAGACUGAAGUACUUGAAAAAAACAUAUUUUGUUCAGACUCAGUUGAUGAAGUGCACCAUAUGAUUUCAUUUAUUUACCAAGCUUAUUACAAAGCUCCUUUGUAUAUGUUUAUCACUACGAUUGAUAUUGGAAUUUAUUUAUCUACAUUUAUACAUAUCUAUGUAUGUGUGUCUGUACAUCUGUCUGUCUAUCCGUCUGUCUGUCUAGCCAUCUGUCUGCCUAUCUGUCUAUCCAUCUGUCUGUCUGUCUGUCUAUCCACCUGUCUGUCUAUCUGUCUGUCUGUCUAUUACCAUGGCACUUGUCUUUCUCUUAAUUUCUAUACAGUGCAAUCUAUUCAUGUUCAAGAUCUGCAAUUCUAUUUUCCACUCUGCAUAAGAGUUUAAACACAAGUUACUUAAUAAUUGGCUUCGUGUAUUCACAGCUAUAUGCAAUGUCUUCUGUUGUCCAGCAUUACACAAAUGUCAUGAGACUCAUGACCCAUUUUAUAAUGAGCAUGAUGGGAACUUAAAAUGUCUUUAUCUAGUGAUUUCAAAUAUUAUCUUGACUUUUGAACUUUUCUGAUUUAUUAUUAUUUUCUUAACUAUAUAUAUUUUUUGUUUGGGUAAUAGAGGGGAUGCAUAGUUAUUAUAAAUUCAAUGUUGAGAAACUUUCAAUUUGAAGAUGCUCCUAUUAAUGAAAAUGUCAGAAACAAAGUGAUGGAACAUACUCAAGACCACAAUUAUAGAUUUAAUCAUUAAUUUGAGGAAAUUCUAGGUAUGGGAGAAUAGAAGGGCUUUAAAAAUGACAAUGGACCAAAUUAGAAAUGUGUUGUAUUUCAUUACCUCCUUACAAACGAUUUUUUUUCUUACUGUGAAUUACGGUUAAAAUUAGAGAUAUUAGUUUCAGGUCAUUCCGCACUCACAAUUCCAAGUGAAUCACUCACUAUACUCUAUUCCAGCUGUAUGAUCGACUUUCUUGUGAUGACAUCAGUGACAGAAAGAUAUUUUCACAAGACGAGAAGAAGUCAUUGAUAAAGUGCAAGGAUGCCCUUUUUCAACAUUUUUUUCCUCUCAAAGAUGAACUUAUGGGCUCCUUUGAUUUAUCUCAAAUAGAUUUAUUUGGAAACCAAUAAAUCCAAGACCUAUUCAUAUGUAUUGAAAUUGAAUCAAAAUUUGUUUUCUCUAUGAAAUAUCUAUCAUCAUUUCUGUUUCAGAAAAAAAGUGAAGCAUAUUCAUAUGCAUAAGUUCUCUAAUGAAAUAUGUUUACACAUUUGAGUUCUAUGAUGAUAAUCAUUACAUCAUUUUUUUGCUCCAGUGAAGCACUCAUAGCUUAUGUAUGCAAUUGUAAUAUUUUAAUUGGACAAAUAUAUGUGAUACAUAUUCCAUAAAAUUCACUGUAACAUUGCUGAUAAAGUAUUCAUUUCAGACAACACCAUGAAAAUGAUAUAUUAAGCUUUAUGUUCACAAAAUGUACAUCAUUCAUAUUCCAUUUAUUUUUCUCAUGCUUGUCUUCAAUUAUGUAUGUGUUUGUAAUGAGCAAUAAAACAGAUUCUAUGAUUCUUACUCUGACCAUA